GUCAUUGAAAUGUCAACAAGACGUUCAUUAUCAAAGUUAUUGAUACGACAGUGUUCAAGCUUUCGUGUUCAAAACUGUUGUGUAAUUUAUUCAAAUAAAAUGGAGCCGAAAAUUAAUUUAAAACAAGAUCCGGCAUAUAAGAAACUCCAGGAGUAUUACAAUGCUAACGCCGAAAAAAUUAACAUUUUACAACUUUUCCAACAGGACGCCGACAGAUUUAAAAAGUUCAGCCUACGUCUACCAACACCUAAUGAUGGUGAAAUUUUAUUAGAUUACUCUAAGAACCGUUUGGAUGCUACAGCUUUUGAACUACUCCUUAACUUGGCUAAAAGUCGAGGAGUUGAACAAGCCAGAGAUGCUAUGUUCUCAGGUGAGAAGAUAAAUUUCACAGAAAACCGUGCAGUGUUGCAUAUUGCUCUACGUAAUAGACAGAACAGGCCUAUCCUAGUUAAUGGAGCAGAUGUCACGCCUGAUGUCAAUGCUGUCCUCGCUCAUAUGAAGGAAUUCUCACAGCAAGUUAUCAGCGGACAGUGGAAAGGAUACACGGGCAAGCAGAUCACUGACGUGAUCAACAUCGGUAUCGGCGGCUCAGACCUCGGUCCUCUCAUGGUCACCGAGGCCCUCAAACCCUAUGCCAAUCAUCUUAAGGUACACUUCGUAUCGAACAUCGACGGCACGCAUCUAGCUGAAGUACUAAAGCGCCUCAACCCUGAGACAGCGCUGUUCAUCAUCGCCUCCAAGACGUUCACCACUCAGGAGACCAUCACCAAUGCCACAUCGGCCAAGAACUGGUUCCUGCAGGCUGCUAAAGAUCCGUCAGCGGUGGCCAAGCAUUUCGUGGCGCUGUCCACUAACGGCGAGAAGGUGACCGCCUUCGGUAUCGACUCCAAAAAUAUGUUUGGUUUCUGGGACUGGGUCGGUGGAAGAUAUUCUCUAUGGUCUGCAAUCGGUCUUUCUAUCUCACUGUACAUCGGCUACGAUAACUUCGAGAAGCUUCUAGAAGGAGCCAACUACAUGGACCAGCAUUUCACCACCGCGCCUUUGGAGAAGAACGCGCCGGUGAUUCUCGCGCUAUUGGGAGUGUGGUACCACAACCUGCACGGUGCGGAGACACACGCGCUACUACCAUACGACCAGUACUUGCACAGAUUCGCGGCGUACUUCCAGCAGGGUGACAUGGAGAGCAACGGUAAGUAUGUGACGAGGAGCGGCGCACGCGCUGACUACAGCACCGGGCCGAUAGUGUGGGGGGAACCUGGUACCAACGGACAACACGCCUUCUACCAGCUCAUACAUCAGGGCACCAGGUUGAUCCCGUGCGACUUCAUUGCGCCUGCGCAGACUCACAACCCCAUUUCUGGUGGUGUUCAUCAUAAGAUCCUGCUCGCUAAUUUCCUCGCGCAGACGGAGGCUCUCAUGAAGGGCAAGACUGAGGCUGAGGCUAAAGCUGAAUUGGAGAAGUCUGGAAUGUCUCCGGAAUCUAUCGCCAAGAUUUUGCCGCACAAAGUUUUCCUCGGCAACCGGCCCACUAACUCCAUCGUGGUAAAGAAACUCACUCCAUUCACACUUGGAGCUCUAAUUGCAAUGUACGAGCACAAGAUCUUCACUCAGGGCGUUAUCUGGGACAUCAACUCAUUUGACCAGUGGGGCGUUGAGUUGGGCAAGCAACUGGCCAAGGCCAUAGAGCCUGAGUUACAGGACAACAAGCCAGUCACCACACAUGACCCCUCUACUAACGGUCUCAUCAACUUCUUGAAGGAAAACUUCGCUUAAUCUAUGAUGUCCCAUCUGUUUGUGGUUGAGUUUUUAAUCUAUGGUCACAAUUAUUUUUGAAAGAAUGCUUAAUCUUUGACAUUUUUUAUCCCGUUGUUGCUUAUUUAAUCUAUGGUCACAAUUAUUUUUGAAAGAAUGCUUAAUCUUUGACAUUUU